AUGUCAAGAUUUUCGGAGAAGUUAGAAGUGUCUGAAGAUUCAAAUGCUGUUGACAGUGUCGAGCUCGAUAAAUUGUUUAGUAUUCAGAAUGCAUUUAAGGUGCCUGGAAUGGAUCUGCCUGAAAUUCUUGAAAGUGAAAUAAAAAAUAAUAGUCUCCCACCAGUUAGCCUCAGUGUAGUGUCAUCACCACUAAGCCAAUCUCUAAGUUCCAGCCAGUUAGCAACGCAGGAGACCAUACUAUAUGGCUUGUCUCGUCUUAAGGAUGAAUCGCAUGUGUUUCCUCCGGUACCUCCUUUUGGAAACUACUAUGCUGAUGAUGCUGGUUUCCUUAGCUUCCCCGAAGAUUGCGAAUUGCACAAAGCACUUGGACCGGCUUUUGGAAGAGAGAGCAACGAGUACUUGUGGGAGUCGUCUCUUGUAAGUGAGAAGGUAUUGAGUGAUCUCUUUGAUGGAAAUGAAUCCCUCUUGUCUGGUAAAGUAGGUGAUGCAGAGUAUUUGUUGCAAGCUGUGGUAGGCCAAGUAUACGAUAUCGCUCAUUUAUCCGAUCAUAUCAUGACAUCUACCAGACAACUUGCUUCUCGACCUCGGAGUGUAAAAGACAAUACCACUCCAUCGAGGAAACUUACAUCUCCGGCAUAUGUUGGUGGAGUCGAUUCUAGUCCUAAAAAGACAGCCUCUUCCGAGAGUACAAUAAGCAUGUUAACUGAUAAUGAGAAACCAGAAAAAGGUUGCGAUUACACACGUUCCAGGAAAGGACAAAAGCAGUCCAGCGUAUCUAAAAGAAAGGCUAGAGCUGGUGAUAAGCCACGGACGAGGCCAAGGGAUAGACAGUUGAUCCAUGAUCGGCUUAAGGAGCUGCGAGAACUUGUCCCGAAUGGUGCUAAGUAUAGCAUCGAUGCUCUCUUGGAUCAAACUGUUAACCACAUGCUGUAUUUGAGAAGUGUGACGAACCGAGCUGAGAAAUUGAGGCAAUGGGUGCACGGAGAGGUGACUGCUCGGAAAAAUGUGAGGUCAUCCGAAAUGAAAAAUGGUUACCAAAAAAACCAAACGAGCUGUGGUUUCGAGAUUCGAGAUGAACUGAAAUUAUGUCCCAUUGUUGUGGAAGAUCUUGCACAGCAAGGCCACUUGCUCAUAGAGAUGCUUUGCGACGAGCAUGGUCUGUUUCUAGAGAUUGCUCAGGUGAUCCGAAGUUUUAAUUUAACGAUCCUGAAAGGUGUGAUGGAGAGAUCAUGGAACAAUACAUGGGCGCAUUUCAUUGUCGAGGCUUCUAAGGAUUUCAAUAGACUGCAUAUUUUCUGGCCCCUGAUGCAGCUUUUACAGCGUCAAAGGAAUGGUAUUCGGCACAAGGCUUGUAUAUAACAAAAACAU